AUGUCGACCAUGACUCAGAACCGUCUCUUCCGCGAAUACAAAACGCUCUCCACAAGCCCUCCAGAUGGGAUCACUGCGGGUCCCGUCUCCGAAGACGACAUGUUCCAUUGGGAAGCCCUGAUCCAGGGCCCCGAGGGCACACCCUACGAGGGCGGGAUCUUCGCUGCUGAGCUGAAAUUUCCCAAAGACUAUCCGUUGAGUCCGCCGACGAUGAAGUUCGUCGGGGGUGGGGUUUGGCAUCCCAAUGUUUACCCGAAUGGCACGGUGUGCAUUUCUAUUCUUCACCCGCCCGGCGAUGACCCGAACCACUAUGAGCAUGCCUCGGAGCGGUGGUCUCCCAUUCAGAGUGUGGAGAAGAUUUUAAUUUCGGUGAUGAGUAUGCUGGCGGAACCGAAUGAUGAGAGUCCGGCGAAUGUCGAGGCUGCGAAGAUGUGGAGGGAGCGGAGGCCCGAAUAUGAACGAAAGGUACGAGAGGAGGUCAGGAAGGGAUUGGGUUUGUGA